UCACGUAGUUUACUUUCCAAACUCCUAUUCACAUUCCAGGAGAGCACUUGAAUAGAUUGUCUGAUUCCCCAGUAUACCUCAUGUCCAUCACAAACGUGUCGGGUGGUAGGGGUUUGUAGAGUAUUCCGUUUACGUACUGUGUAUUGGAUACUAAUCGUGUUCUUUGUCCUCAGUUUUUCUUCUCCCUAAUCCCUCUGAUCAGCUCUUUCCGCUGCUCAACAAUUUCUGGUGGAAAUUGUUCAUUUAUGAAAGAAUUCGUCCCUUUUAGAGAGGUUGACCGCGAUUUAGGACGUUGCUUGAAGUCGUUGAAUUUCGCUACGAUGGACAUAUGUACAUCUAAAUGAUUUCUGGAAAGGGGUGUAAAGUGUUUUAUAGCCUUUCAUUAUUGUGUUGGUGUGUUUUGACAUGAAUACAUGUGACCCUUUCUACUUGGUAUAUGUGAUUGAUAUGUGCAUUUUGGGUUUUUUGUUCAGUUUUUCUUCUUUCUUGCUUGACAAGUGUGUUCAACUAUAGAUAAUAAGUUUUAUUUCGGUUGUAUUCUAAAAAUGUUUCAUGAACUAUUAAACUAGAACACAGUAGUAAGUUUUUUGUUGUUUUUUUUUUUAUUAUUAUUAAAUAUCAGUUGUUGUGAAUGAUAGGCUUUACAGUUUCCAUUCCUUUCUAUAGCAUUUGGUCAGCGUCCGCCUUGCGUUAACAAUUGAACACUUUGAACUUAAUCUCCCAAUAACCGCCCCCUUAUUUUCCCUUCUUUUCCAUUUCUCUGUUUUGUUGGUUUAUUAUGCAUGCCCUAUAUAAUUAUCAUCAUUGUACUUUGUGUGAUGUAUUAUCUUUUUACUUCAAACAAUUUGAAAUAUUAUUAUCAGUUAUCAAAUACGUUGUAAUCUCUCAAUUUAUAAUUAUGUGGACAUUACAUAUACGUUGUACCUAGGGCAUAUAUAGACUCUGCCUGCUGCCAAAUGAAUCCUAAUCAUGUUAUACAAAAUAAGAUACUGUAUUAUCAAAAACACUUUAAACUUCUGAUAACUACCAUUACAAUUCUUUUAAAAUUUUCAAACACUGCCUAAACUUCACAACUUUUCAAAAAUCUUCUAUGCAACCUCGCACCUGAAAGAAAAAUCAAUUGCAUAUAUAUAGUCAUGUAGAGCAGGAAGGCCUUUACUAAAAUUGUAAACUUCAUGAUCUUUGGGAUAAAGGUUCUGACUCCAGGGUAGGGCCAAACUUGGUAUAUAGUGUUUAUGUGUAAAGCAUUUCAAUAGCAUCUUAUUUAAAGCUAUUGAUAAUGAAGAAGCAGGUAACUCUACGAAAAUUGUUAAUUUCAUUAUCCCAGGGGUAGGGUUUUGGUUCCCGUGUGGGGCCAAAAUUAUCAUAAUGACAAUACUUAUCAUUUCCAUUAGUGGAACUCUUCAAAUUAAAGGCGCGUAAAGUCGUGCUACCGGGACAACAUAGUGUAAAUACAUUAUACUUAGGCAUACGUAAUAUGAAUUAUGGUAUCGAAUACAUAUUAUAACCGACUGUAAACCACAACAUUGAUUAAAAUUCUAAAGUCAAAUUUAGGAAUUGAUUAUUCUUAAAAGAAAACAGACGAUCUUAUUAAACUAUAUGAGGGAGAGAAGCUACUAAAUUUGCCAAAUCUGACCGUGCCGAUAUAAAGCAUCAAUCGCAAGAACUGUGAGGGGAAAAACCUAUAUGCACAUCCAACACAAGAAAUUUUCUUGUAAUUAAUGUGAUUAAUAUGUUUUUAAAGUUAUUCUGUCAGACUAUGAAGAUAUUCUAUUUUAUCAUACAAUUAGGACAGGUUCAUAUGGCAUGGACUUUGUAAUCGUACCCCCCUCACCCCAUAAAUCUCCAUAUUUUAGAACAUGUAUGUAUGUGCCACACUGCAUUUUUUAAACACGUUUAUAACACUAAUUAACACACCUAAUGCGUUUCCAAACUGCAUCUAAGCUAAUUUGAAAAUUACAAAAUAUUGAUGGACUUGGAUGUCCAGAGAACAUCAUUGUUUGGAAUUUUUUAAAUAGGUGUGGUGGAGUUUAAUUAAGAAACAUGUAACAUCUUUAAUAAGAUAGUGUUAGAAUAUUUAAUUGCAGUUUGACUAAUGGUAAUUUUAUCUAAAAAUACACCAUGUAUUUUAACUCUUAAAAAAGGGGGUGGGGGUGCUAUGUACGUUUCGUUCCGUUUAUGUCCCAGUAAUCUCGCACUUGCUCGCGAGAUUUAUGCAAUUUCUUACCAAUGACGCACAAGAGUCAUCAAAGCGCGAUAACUCCAACGAGCUGGUAAUGAGAAGUAUUGUAUUUAUCAACGUCAUAUACAGUAUGUUUAACAUGUGUUAUUUCCUUGCAGAAUAUGCAUUAUUCAGUUAUACAGACAGAAUUUUUUAAAAAGUCAGCUCAGCGCUUUUUAGUACUUUCAGUACUUUGAUUUAAACUGAUGGGACUUUCCAUUGUCGUUCCGGAUGGAUUAUCACUAUAAUUGUGUACAGGCGUGGGUGUUUUCGCAGCGUUCAGACAGGUUAUAUAAUUUUGUGUGUGCGGUGACCCGGACACGGCACUGUACUUGAUCACGCACUGUGAACUGGAAGGUAUACUACUGUUAAAAUGCCGUGUAAGGAAAUGGACGCUCUCUAAAAUGAAAUAUGGCGGAGAUCAAAUCAAAACUAGGAUGUGUUCGGUGCUUUCGUUUUUGUAAUGCAACAACCAUUAUAUACCUAAUGGCGACUUUAUCAACGCUGUGUCUUCUAAAUAUUUUAACCGUAACCUCUCAUCAGGUAAAUUUACUCCGGACAGUCAAUAAGCAGCUGCAUGAUGCGGUUUCACAGUUUUACAUGAAGUCUCAAUCGAAUGAAACUUUGACCGUAACACCACAAGGAACAAGGAAUAUGACAGUGAAAGUUAAUUUUACAAGUAAACAUCAAACAGCAGGAAUAAUUCAAAGCAUACCGACAAAGGAAACUAGAGACCAACAGACUCUUAAAACAUCACAGCGUAUAAAGGGGAGACCAUUAAACUGCACCGCCUGUUUCCCACACAAUUAUACCUAUGUGUUAGACAAUGAAAACAUUUGUCAACCGACAGACAGAAGCCCCUCAGUCGACAUAAUUGUGUUGAUCAGCACCAUCCACUCUAAUGUGGAGAGGCGGAAAGCUUUGCGAGAGACGUGGCUCACUCCCACGAGUCGAAACCAGGGAAGCAUACGCUACGUGUUUCUCCUCGGGAUGACCUCGAAUGUGAAUCUUCAAGUUGCUGUAGAAACGGAGAGCGCUACGUAUAGGGACAUUGUUCAAGAAGAUUUUAUCGACCACUACAAUAAUCUAACUUUAAAAACCAUGAUGGGUUUUAAAUGGGCGAGCAUCAAAUGUAAGGGUGCAAAGUAUGUAUUAAAAACAGACGAUGAUAUGUAUGUGAAUUUACCUGCGUUGAAACUAACUCUGAAGAAGUACGACAGUGUUCUUAAAACGUCCAUUGGUGGGCAAUGUCGUAUAAACGAGAGUCCCAUUCGGCAAAAAGGGUAUAAAUGGUAUGUCCCCCGAGAAAUGUAUCCUCCGUCUCAGUUCCCGGGAUACUGUUCGGGUACUGGGUACGUUACAAGUAUGGAUGUGGUCCAGAAAGUGUACGAAGUUUCGAAGCACGUUCCUUUCUUUUACUUGGAGGACGUGUACGUGGGGAUCUGUGUUCACAGACUCGGCAUGAAAGUCACACGUAUUCAGGGAUUUAAUGCAGGACGCGUUCCACUUGGUUGUAAUUACAAAAACUCGUAUGUGAUAACUUCUCAUCAACUUGAUCCAAAACUUCUUCGCGCGGCGUGGGCGUUGAAGUGCAAUGAUGCACUACAUUUGUGAGAAUUUAACUCGUGGUUGACAGGUUAAGAGAUAUACAGUUUCUUCAUUUGCAUGAUGGUUACUACACAUUGUAAAUGUAUAACGUGCAAUUGAUAUGUUAAAGGGCAUGUGCUUUGAA